AUGGGGAUGUCGGCUUUCUAUGGUCCUCCAAAGCCCGAACCCAACAUGAUUGUUCUCAUCCUCCAUGCAUCCCCGUGGUGUGAUUUGAAGAGUGGUGCUAUACUGCUAUUUAGUCCUAAUCUAGAGGGUGGCCCUGCUUAUGUGCGAGCAGAUUGCGAAGAUAGCUUGAAACGUCUUGACGUUGAAUGGAUUACUGCAUUUGAGAUGGAAUACAUGCAUUGGAUCGAAGAGCAAAGUAGACAGAUUUUUGAUCUUAGAACCGCUCUCCAGGCGCACAUUUCCGAUAUAGAGCUCCGUAUACUGGUAGAAAGUGGCUUGAACCUCUACUGCUAUCUGUCCCGCAUGCGGCGAGGAGAGGACAUGGCACGAGCAACAAAGAAAUUAGUGGAGGUUGAAGCAUGCCUUAUAAGAGUGGAAAUGGAAAGCCAGUUCACAGCAACUCCAAGAACUCGUGUUGUCUUUGUACCUUGCAGACAACUUUGUUCAUGCAAAUCUUGUGCAACUUUGUUCGUUCAUACUUGA